UGAUGUUGGCAAAUGCAGUAUUUCUGCUAUGCUUUUGUGUGUUCUUUGUCACGAGGGUGAUAAAACCCGAAUCGGGGCGAUAUGCUCCAUUGCUGGCUGGCUUUGGGGUCUGCACCGGCAUGUGGCAGAGCUGCCUUUUGUACGCCACUCUGUCGAGCACGCAGAAACGCUGUAGGUAAAUACCAUGGGGUUCGACCAUCUGCACCUACUGACCAAACAACAGGGUGGCCGCAGACGCUAGCACUGUAUUACCUCGUCGAGACGUUCGGCGCAGAUUUAGGAAUGGCAUUAAUGUCAACCAUCACGCGGUCCGUCGCAAAAGCCGGCAUCCGAGCACGCCUACAAAAUUCCCCAGCGACGGAAAAGAUCAUCAUGGAUGCGAUGCGAGACCUGAACACGGUUGGUUUACUUGACCAAGAGACCCGUGCCGCGGUACUGGCUGCAUUUGAACAUGCCAUGCAUUCCUCGUUUGUCUUGCCGUGUGUCAUGGCCGCUAUGGUCAUCGUUCUGGCCGCUGCUAUGAACAUAUGGCCGAGGAAGCCAGAUCCAGAGGAGGUCGCAUCUGAAGACCAUCCAUGAUCACACUAGGGAUCUGUGGAGGUGCGAAAUCGGCCUAGGAUCAGUGGCAUGUGAAACC